UAAAAAGCCGUUAUCGACGAAGCACAUCUAAACUAACGGCUGCGUUUAUCCAUCGUAAUCGGAAAGUUAGCAAAAGAAAAAUGAAAAUUGGUGGUGGAGUGGUCUGUGGAAGUCCACGCGCCGCCGCUCUUCCCUCACUUCUUCUCCGCCGUCGUGGAGUCACCGUUCGUUGCUCUACUUCUUCCUCUACUGCCGACCAUGUAUCAUUCAUCAAGGAUGUUGCUGCUACUGAACCUCCUCAGCAUCUGUUUCAUUUGCUCAAAAUGCUUAAGACUAGAGGUGCAUCCAUAAUUUCUCCUGGAGCCAAGCAAGGGAUUAUUCCUCUCGUUGUUCCACUGGCAAAAAACAGCACAGGUACUAUAACUGCACUGCUGCGCUGGCCUACAGCACCUGCUGGGAUGGAGAUGCCAGUAGUGGACGUCAAUAGGAAUGGAGUGUGGCUUCUAGCCAAGAACGUUGAUCAAUUUAUUCACAGACUUCUAGUCGAAGAAGAUGCCAGAGGAAGUGGAGAGCAAAAUGAUGAGCUAUUUCUUGCAGCCGCUGAUGCUGGGCAAAAACUUUACGGGAGGGGUGAUUUUUCUGAAUCUCAGAUCACAAACUUAGAUGGAUAUCUGCUGAAAAAGGUUGGGUUGUUUCCAGAUGUCAUAGAACGGAAAAUAUUACGCCAUUUUGAGGAAGGCGACCUUGUUUCAGCUCUAGUAACUGGAGAGUUCUAUACAAAGAAGGAACACUUCCCAGGAUUUGCAAGACCAUAUGUAUUUAAUGCAGAGGUUUUGCUGAAGGUGGGGAGAAAAACUGAAGCUAAGGAUGCUGCGAGAGGAGCAUUAAAAUCACCAUGGUGGACCCUAGGCUGUAAAUAUGAGGAAGUUGCGAAUAUUGCACAAUGGGAAGAUGAGCAAAUUGAAUAUUUCAAAGAAAAGGUCACGGAAGAAGGAAAGCAAGAGGAUCUCAAAAAGGGAAAGGCUCCUGCGCAGGUUGCCUUGGACCAAGCUGCAUUUUUGUUGGAUCUAGCUUCGGUUGAUGGGACUUGGGACAACUAUGUGGAACGUAUAGCUCAAUGUUACGAAGAGGCAGGCCUCCAUGAGAUUGCAACAUUCGUACUUUACAGAGACUAAAAAUACAUAUACAAAGGCAUUUUUCACAUGUAGUUAUAUCUAUAUUUCUUCUUUAUAUAAACAUCAUUCUUUUUCCACUCCCCAAUGGAUGAGAUUUUGAUCAUUUCACUACAAAAUUGUUGGAGAAAUAAAAAAAAAAAACUCAAAAGUUGAAAA